AUGACUACAAAUGAAUCAUCCGUGUAUUACAAAAAGCAAGCCAAAUAUCAUGACAAAAGAAACAUUCUCAACAAGUCCUACUUAGUGGAGCCAAUAAUACGACACCGAAUUCAUGAUUCCAUAUUUUACAAGGAGCACCUCUAUUUGACGAAUGAAUCCACGAUACUACCAAUCAUAACCCAGCACGUACAUUACAUUUCGGGCGUUGAUUCAGUAGGUAGACCAAGUCCGUUUUUACAGUGUCUUUUGCGAUUGCUAGAGUUGGAGCCAUCAAAAGAAAUCAUCAACGUCUACCUUGAUCAAUUGUCGUACAGUGAAUUCAAAUACUUGACAGCAUUGGCAUUGUUGUAUGUACGAUUGGUGUUCCCAAGUGAAGAAGUUUACAACAUCUUCGACCAGCAUGCUCAAGAUUAUCGCAAAUUGAGAGUCAAGUUGAAAACUCCUCAAUUCGAUGCAAUGCAACGACCAAUACAUUACAAACUUGGAUACAUGGAUGAAUUCAUAGACGGUUUGCUAACGCAGGAAAGAGUUGUAGAUCUUAUAUUGCCACGACUUAUCCCCAGGUUGAGCUUGGUGGAACGCGGGUUAGUUGCACCUCGGCAAUACUUUAUUGGAGAUGAAAUGCAGAAGGGUGUAACUAAUGUACUGCAAAAUCAAGACAAAACUAUACAUAGCGAUGGUGAAAGUUCAUAUCAAAGUGAUAGUGACUAA